UGAGAAUAUAUUGGUCCCGCAAUAGCUGAGCAGCAAUGACAUCCACAGACACCCGCGCCUCGGUGCUGCCUGCCAUAGCGGAGGUGGCCGCGGCCGACACCGAGAUGCCCUCACCGCUGGGGCUCGUCCGGUUGCUAGACAGCAGCAGCGUCGGAGGCUCGGCGUCCGCAGGCGGAGAGAAAGGAUUGCCUGGCGGUGGCCCUGGCGCCCCGUCACUCGGGCUCCUCUCUGUGUCAACUGUUUCAUUGGGGCGCCGCUCAGCCUCUUCCUCAGAAUCACUGAGAUUAAAUGGGUUGACCGACGCCAUUUUUGCACUAUAAAGAUUUUUAGCAAUCUAAGCUAGCUAAGCUAAUCAGACCCGCUUCUUCCUGAAUGGAUAUUAAGCUAGCCAAGGUUUGGUAGGUGGCUUUGACAAGGGGAAGGAAUGCGACGCACUGAUUGGUCGAAGUUGAAGGACGUUACACUAAGAGCCCGCCUCUUCCAUUGGAUACUAUAAAAUCAUUGGAUACUUCUGAAGUGGAAAGAAGGUCUGGGCAGGGCACAUUUGACAGCCUGUGUUAGCUGAUGUGUUAAAAAUAACGAAUAAAUAAAUGAAAAUAAUAAUUUUAAAAACGCUUUACAAUGAAACUGCACUGUAAUGCAAACAGUUUAACCAAGCUGAAUGCUACUUAUUUUUAGUUCGUUUUGAGCUAGUGAUAUCGCUCGCUGGAAAAUAUGGUGUAUUUCAACUACACUACCCACAAUGCAGUUGGACAGCAAAACGUCAGCAGUCAAGUCACAACAAGGAAGUGCAGAAUUUCUUUUAGUAAUCUUCUUAGAAAGCCGGUCAGUUGGUUUUGUAAAAGUACGCACUUAAAGAUUACGUUGAUCUUGUUUCGGGCAACAGAGUCUUUAUCUGUUUAGUUCUCCGGAUAUAUAACAGGUCAUCUACGGAGGUGAAAUGGAAUCUAAAUCAUUGUGUCUAACAGGUGAAUGGGUGUGAUUGCAGAUAGUAAGUUGUCCCGCGCUACCAUACAUUCUUUAACAAGACAGCGUCCCCCGUUGUUAUGGUCAUAGUCCGCUGACGUUACAUGCAGUUCUCCACAGUUGUUCUCCAAAGCCAGCCUGGUGUUGACACUCAAAAUGAGGAUGAUCACAUUCUUCUUGAUUGGGCUGACGGUCCACGUGGUUUUCUUCCUCUCCAUCUUUGACAUCUACUUCACCUCUCCCCUGGUGCAUGGCAUGAUGCCCCAGUCCACACCGCUGGCACCCCCAGCCUCCAGACUGGUGUUAGUGGUGGCCGAUGGCCUCAGAGCAGACAGUCUCUUCACUCUGCUCCCCAACGGCUCAUCCAGGACUCCAUACCUGAGGAGUAUAAUAGAGGACACAGGUACCUGGGGUGUGUCACAUACGCGAGUGCCUACUGAGUCCCGGCCUGGUCACGUUGCCCUCAUUGCAGGCUUCUAUGAGGAUGUUAGUGCAGUUGCUAAAGGCUGGAAGGAGAAUCCUGUAGAGUUUGACUCUGUGUUUAAUGAGAGCAGACACACCUGGUGCUGGGGCAGCCCUGAUAUCCUGCCUAUGUUUGCCAAAGGUGCCAGUGGAGACCAUGUGUAUACCCACACAUACCCAGCACAGGAGGAGGACUUUGCCUCCACAGAUGCCUCCAGACUGGACACCUGGGUGUUCACUCAAGUCAAAUCUUUCUUUCAGUCAGCGAAGUCUAACUCCACUCUGAAGGCCAGUCUACUCGAGGACAAGAAUGUCUUCUUCCUGCAUCUCCUGGGUAUUGACACUAAUGGACAUGCUCACAGACCAAUGUCACAGGAAUACCUCGACAAUAUUGCUCUAGUAGACACGGGUGUAGCUGAGCUGGUGUCUAUGGUGGAGGACUUCUUCGGUAAUGAUGGCAGAACAGCCUAUGUGUUUACCGCUGAUCAUGGCAUGACAAACUGGGGUUCUCAUGGUGCAGGUCAUCCCUCUGAGACACUCACUCCUUUAGUGGUCUGGGGAGCUGGUGUUCAUAAUGCCCAGAAAGUUACAGAACCCCAACCGUACAAUGAUGGGUACCUACAAGAUUGGAAAUUGGAGCACCUUCGCAGAGUUGAUGUCAAUCAGGCUGACAUUGCUCCACUCAUGGCUUCUCUUAUCGGUGUCCCAAUUCCCGUGAACUCGGUUGGUGUGUUACCGCUUCUCUACCUUAACAACAGUGGCCAGUUCAAGGCAGAGAGCAUGUACACAAAUGCUAUUCAAGUUCUGGAGCAGUUCAAGAUGAAAAUGAGCCAGAAAAAGGACACAACCUUGUCUUUUCUCUUCACCCCAUACCAACUCCUGACUGAGUCAAAACAAGCAGAAUUCACCCGGAAGGCCCGAAUACUGAUUCAGCUGGAGAAGUAUGACGAUGCUAUCUCUCUGUGCCAGUCUCUGAUCUCCUACUCUCUGGAAGGCCUGGUCUACUACCACACCUAUGACAGGUUCUUUCUGGGAUGCAGCGUGGUGCUCGGAUUUGUAGGCUGGACUUCAUAUGUUGUCUUAGUGAUACUGAAGACUCACGCCAGCCUCAAUAGACACCCAAAUCUCACUAAACAGAAUCCCAACCGUAACUUGGCGAGGCUGUGUAUGUGUGUGGCUGUGGUGAUCACUGCAUUCCUGCUUAUCCAGAGGAGCCCCAUUACCUACUAUAUUUACUGUCUGCUGCCCGUCCCUGUAUGGUACUCUGUUCUUAAAGAGUCUGGAACUCUGACAGAUCUGAUUCGAUCAGCUCCAUCUCUGCCACUGUGGAAAUGCUUUUGCUAUUUUGUGCUGGUGGCAUUUGGAAUUGAACUACUGGUGGUGAGUUUCUUUCAUCGCGCCAUGCUGACCGUGGGCCUGGCUGUCCUCUCCCUCUGGCCCCUCCUGUCGGGACUUUAUCACAAGGCCAAGUUUCGUUCACUGAGCUGGUUUCUAGGCUGUCUAUGUUUGGCUGGCUUCCCCCUGAUGCCUGUUGUGGGUAGAGAGCCUAACCUCAGUCUGGUAACCUGUGCAGGUCUGCUCACUCUCUUCACUUCAGCCUGUUACCUCUGGUCAUCACGACAGAGGACGCCGCUGCACCCUAGUGACAGACAGCAGUUUGUCACUCAGAUGCUUCACGUGGCCGUGUGUGCGUACGUGCCAUCCCUCACGCACUCCAGCCUGCAGCAGAAACAGGGCCUACCGCUUCUUAAUCAGAUCAUCAGCUGGAGCACAUUAGUAUCCUCUAUAUUGGUUCCAUUGCUGAGCUCGACGCGUCUUUUUCAUCGACUCCUCAGCAUAUUUCUGUCUCUUACAUCCACAUACCUGCUUCUCAGCACGGGGUCAGAGGCCUUGUUCCCCCCAGUGUUGUCUUGGUUAAUGUUUGUGUGGAUCAACAUUGAACAGGAAGCCUUGCUCGCUCAGGGUGUCUCUGGCAGGCAAGAGUUGUCCACUCUUGACUUCUCUGCAAACAUCGACAUCACCAAGAUCCGCCAACUGAAGCUGGACGACAUCCGAAGAUCAUAUUUUUUUGUAUUUUUUAUAAUAACUGCUUUCUUUGGGACCGGGAACAUAGCAUCUAUUAACAGUUUUGACCCAGCAUCCGUUUACUGUUUCCUCACUGUUUUUAACCCCUUCAUCAUGGGAGGGCUGAUGAUGUGGAAGGUUAUAAUUCCAUUCAUCAUAGUAAUGUGCACAUUUGAGACCAUCCAAGUUGCAACGCAGCUCUCAUCAAGAAGUUUGUUCCUUAUUGUCCUGGUUAUCUCUGACUUGAUGGCUCUGCACUUUUUCUUCUUAGUGCAGGACUAUGGCAGCUGGUUGGACAUUGGCACAAGCAUUAGCCACUAUGUGAUAGUGAUGUCUAUGACCAUCUUCCUGAUGUUGCUCAGUGUCGUCACACACAUUCUCACUUCACAAAGACUCAUCCUGUGGCAAAGACCCAAGAUGCACUUCCCAUAACUAAAUGUGUUUGUGGUUUGAUGUUUGCAUAUGGUGACUAAACCAAAUACUUAGUAUUUAUUUAACUUUUUUACAUAUAUUUCAUGUAGCUGUUGUCUUAUAUUAAAAAUGAGAAACCUUGGUGUAAUGAUAGGAGCUUCAGUAUAAAUAAACUGGACUUGUCUUGUAGGUGUAAAGACAUAUGGGGUAUUAUUUUAGGUCACUGUAUACUAUACAGGACUGUGCUAUACUUUGAAAGGGACAUUUUACAUAGUGGCCUAAGCUUCCACAGUACUGUUUUUUUGUUUGUUUUUUUGUACAAGUAUACUCUGUAUAUGUCUCUGUUUGUAAUGCAUUAUUUUUGCAUUGAUCAUUGAUGACUUUGACUAAGGCUACUUGAAUAUUGGACUGUGAAUUAAGUCUUUGCCAAAGCUGCCGAUUCUAGUGAAGGGUAACUUCAUAACCCUGUUUUGUAAGAAUGUAACACUAAUUCUUGUAAUGCUGCCUGAAUGCAUUGUUGUGUAAAAGGAAAAGCAAUGUUAUUUGAACUGAACUUUGCAACUAGAUAUGUAAAAAUAAAACUGAAGAGGUGAAACUGAAACAUGUGAACUUUAGUCCACUUUUUUGUCAUGUUUGAACAAGCAAAGAUUUGAUCCUUUUUCAUUUCAAACAGCACCUAUUAGUAAAGGUGGUAUACUCGAACAAAUGACACUGAUGAAGAAAAUAGCACACCUUUAGGUACUAGUGUCACCUGUCACCCCCUGCAUUCCAUUUCCCAUGGUUAUCCACAAUUCUGUUAUCUUUAUUUGUUACUGACUGUCUGUCUGAAAUGGAAUGAAGUGGAAAUGUUGGGGUUGUUUCACUGUCUUGGAGCCUGGGCAGCUUGCAGUCAUUGAUUCAACUAUGAAUUCAGCAUCGCAUCAAAGAAUGCUUGAAAACAAAGUGAGGCCAUGUGUCUCUAAGUUGAAGCUGAACCUUUCAACAGAAUAAUGAUCCUAAGCACACUUCAAAAUCCACAAAAGAAUCCCUUGAGAAGAUGAAAUGUAGAGUUUUGGAAUGUCCUCAUCAAGAAAAACAGGUACAAAUACGAAUCCUAUGGAGGCAUUUGAAAUGGGCUGCAUAAAAACCCUCCAACAUCUUGCAGCUUCAGUAAGUUUGCAUUGAAAAGUGGCCAAAAAUGUCAGGAAUUUUAUGUCACACACUUGGUGACACUUGCAAAACUCUUGAUUUAGUUAUUUCUACUACAGGGGGCAAUAGUUCUGAGGCCACUCACUUUUUCCAUAGAAAAAUAUUACACCUAUUAAAAGAUUUUGUCCAGUAAAUGAUUUAGAAAAAUGUUUUUGUGAUGUUUUUGGUGACACUUUUAUCUGUAGAUAAUGUUUCAAAGAAAAUCAAAUGUGUGCUUGUCCAAAUAUGCAAAAAACAAUUUCCAUUUUUUUUUCAAGACUAGCUGUUGUAGUCUGUGUAUGUACACGAGGAGCCAUAGGAAUGUGUUAAACUUAUUAAAACUUUAGAGAAAAUAAAAGAAAUUGUCCUUAAAGCAACUGCAGACCAGAUGCCCUAGAAAACAUCCUGCUGUGGCCCACACUAGAACUGCGGUUGUAUUUGGAAACUCCUUGGUAAAUUUAACUGUUUGAAUGCUGAGAAAAGGUUGCUGCUGAUUGUUCCUUUAAAAAAAACAAAAA